GCGGGGCGGGGCCGGGCGGCGGCGAAGGCGACAGCGGCCGUGUCGGGUCCAAGUCCGGGGUCGGGGUCUGCGGCUGGCGCAGCGAUGCUGCAGCUACGGGACUCGGUGGACUCGGCGGGCACGAGCCCCACGGCGCUGCUGGCGGCCGGCGAGGAGGUCGGGGCGGGCGGCGACGGCGGUGCGGGCGCGGGGCGGCCGGGGGCGGGCACGCCGCUGCGACAGACGCUGUGGCCGCUCAGCGUCCACGACCCCACGCGCCGCGCCCGCGUCAAGGAGUACUUCGUGUUCCGGCCGGGCACCAUCGAGCAGGCGGUGGAGGAGAUCCGCAUGGUUGUCCGGCCCGUGGAGGACGGCGACAUCCAGGGGGUGUGGCUGCUGACCGAGGUUGAUCACUGGAACAACGAGAAGGAGCGGCUGGUGCUCAUCACCGACCAGGCGCUGCUCAUCUGCAAAUAUGACUUCAUCAGCCUGCAGUGCCAGCGGGUGGUCCGGAUAGCCCUAAAUGCCGUGGACACCAUCUCCUACGGAGAGUUCCAGUUCCCCCCGAAAUCGCUCAACAAGCGAGAAGGUUUUGGGAUUCGCAUUCAGUGGGACAAGCAGAGCCGCCCUUCCUUCAUAAACAGAUGGAACCCCUGGUCUAGCAAUGUGCCCUACACCACCUUCAUAGAGCACCCGAUGGCCGGUGUGGAUGAGAAGACGACCUCUCUGUGCCAAUUGGAAAGCUUCAAAGCUCUGUUAAUUCAAGCUGUCAAAAAAGCCCAGAAAGAGAGUCCCUUGCCGGGACAGGCCAACGGCGUGCUGGUCCUGGAGCGCCCCCUCCUCAUCGAGACCUACGUGGGCCUGAUGUCCUUCAUCAACAACGAGGCCAAGCUGGGCUACUCCAUGAGCAGAGGCAGAAUUGGCUUUUAGACACGCACCCGGGGAGCUCCUCCUGGAGAAGGCCAGGCAGCCGCGGGGCUCCAGGGUCCGACUGGGGCAGCUCUGCGGCCGCUGCAGGCUCGGCCGCUUACCUUUAGGGAUCUGAGUGCGAUUAGAAUAGUCAGGUGAAUUAUAUUCCUCAACAUCCAGCUGAUGUGAGCUACAGACAAAAGCAAAAUGCGUGUAGCUGUCACCGUGCUGGCUGGUGUCCCAUUGUCCAGGACUUCAGUUCUCGUGUUCUUCCUGGAGUGUCUCCAUGUGGCUUCUCGUGGUCCUUCCCACCCCAGCCUUGCAGCAUGUUAAUAAACGUCGUGAUUCCACCAGAACACACCUGUUAGCACUUCAGCUGUGUAGUUUCUUACAUCCGGGGAGGACCUCAUACCCCAGUGCCUGUAGUUGCAAAUAUGUUUACACUUGGUGUCAAAUUUUGUAUUUUGAAAUUUAAUCCUUUUUUUUUAAAGCUAAAUAGAAAAGAAGCCAGCAGACUGGUGAAGUAAGCAAGAGCCAGUCUGCCUCGUCAGCUCCGGAAUGAACAGUUGCUUUUGUGUUAAAUAUGUUUGACCUAAAGUCACACUUUUUCUAAAAUUAAUCUAUAUUAUGUUAAUACUUAUGGCAUCUUUCCCAGGCUGAAAAAGGUUUGCAGAAAAUCACUUUAGGACAGUUCAUUAAUUUGAGACAGUCACCUUGAUAGUUCUUUGCACACAGUUUUGACAACUAUAUGUAUUCUAAGUUUGUAUUGUCAUAUUCGUAUUUAAAAAGGGAACUGCGUGGUUUGCUUUUAAAGAAUGCACUUUAAAGGAAGCAUCUUAGAUUCUCAUGAAGCAGCUGACACCCGCCUUGGUUACCACAGCUCUCCGUAGAAACAGCUGUAUCAGAGCCUUGCCCUGGACGUGCCUGGGCCGCCACACGCCCGGCGCAUUUCCACGUGGGGGCCCACGGCCGCGCCCCUGCACCCAGCCACAGCUACCUGGUUUGACUGGAAGCAUCUGUUGAUCAACCCGAGAUGCUGGCUCGUGGGUUUCUUCCUCCUUUACAACUCUGGUGGGUGCAGCUCUAACUGGCAUGGACGUGGUCUGAGUGCAGCAGCCUGUCCCAGUCGAAGGGCUGCCUCAGCCCCGCCUGGGCCUUGAGCCUCUGCUUUUUGUCUUGUAGUAAAGACAUUAGAAUCGAA